GCCGCUUUGCUGCGGUCUCCGUGUGGUUCAGGCUUCUGGCUUCUUUCUGGACGAGUCAGCCUCUUGCUUUCUAAGGAGGACGAGUCAGGGCUGGCUUCUCCCCUCGCCUGAUACAGCACAUCCUACAUAACCCCUGGCUUCCUGAAACCCACUAAGCCGGGUCAACACCACAACCUUAUCCCUCCAACGCAAGACAUGUCCGGAACCGAGUACGAAAAGACCCGCGAGAAUACCGUGCAGCGGAAGAAAGACCGGGCGAAGUACGACAAGUCCGUCGUUCACUCGAUCGUGCACGACGCGCAUGGGGUGUGCCAUCUCGCUUUCGUGGACGAGGAGGGUAUGCCUCAGUGUAUACCUAUGAUGGGGGUUGUGGAUGAUCGGAGCGAGCUGGGGGAAGAAGUGUGGAUGUACUUCCAUGGUUACACCUCGACGAGGAUUAUGAAAGCGCUUGCGGACCCAGGGACGCCUAUGGUCGCCACUUGCACACUGGUGGACGGGCUCGUCUUCGCAUUGAACGUCUCGCACCACGCUGUCAAUUAUAGGAGCGCGGUCUUUCAUGGAGUGUCCUACCCCCUCCCUGCUGGGGAUAGAGAGGCGAAAGAGCAUGCUCUUACUUGCGUGAUGGAGAGUGUCAUGCCCGGCCGGUGGGCGGAGGCGCGAGCGAUGAACAACACGGAUUGGGCAGACGUGGGCGUGAUUAGGAUGAAAGUCGAGAGUGCGAGUGCAAAGAUACGCAAGGGCAUGCCUGGGAAUGAGAAAGCUGAUGCAGCGAACGAGGAGCUCACAGCGAGGGUCUGGUCCGGUAUCCUUCCCUUCCGUGUUGUCUCCGACCCGCCGGUGCCGUUGCCGUUCUGUGCUGAUCGCCCUGUACCGGAGAAUAUCAAGAUGCUGGAGAGGAAGUAGGUGGAAGCGAGGAGUUGUUUUGUCAGUGCUGAGUUGAUGGGUGUUUGCGUUUUUGGACGAUCGUAUUUGCCGUAGGAAGUUGCAAC